CUUUUUGCCAUGUCAGGCGCGAUGGUUAGAGGGGGUCAAGCAUGUUGAAAACAAGGGCGUCAACAUUGCUUCCCCAGCAAAAAGGAGGUUUAUUACACCCGUUCCUUCACUCUUUCCUCUGGUGAUACAGAGACGUGAGUAGAGGACGGGGCGUGAUGUCCACCAACUCUGCCAUUCUGCGAUCCUGGGAGAACUGUCUUCGUUUCCAAAUGUACCCGGAAGCUGACUUUCUCUUUUUCUCUUUUUGUAGCCGCGGACACGUCUCCGCCGGUCACGGACGUGUUGGCAAGCACCGCAAGCAUCCCGGUGGUCGUGGUCUGGCCGGUGGUCAGCACCACCACCGCACCAACUUGGACAAGUACCAUCCCGGUUACUUCGGUAAGGUCGGUAUGCGUUACUUCCACAAGCAGCAAGCCCACUUCUGGAAGCCCGUCAUCAACCUUGACAAGCUCUGGACCCUCGUCCCCGCUGAGAAGCGCGAGGAGUACCUCGCCGGCAAGGGCGACAAGGUCCCCGUCAUCGACCUCCUCCCCUUCGGCUACUCCAAGGUCCUCGGCAAGGGCCGCCUCCCCGAGGUCCCCAUCGUCGUCAAGGCUCGCUGGGUCUCCAAGCUGGCCGAGAAGAAGAUCACCGAGGCCGGUGGUGUCGUUGAGCUCGUCGCAUAAGUUCAAGUCAAAAUCAAUCAUACCAACUCUUCGAAGGAUGAUGUGCAACGGUACUUGGGAAUGAUGGCUUCAUAGCCACGGGUCAAGCGGACGGCGUUCUGCGAACAUUUUGUGUCAUCCACAGUUAAGAGCUUGUGGGUACACGGGAAAAGGGCCGAUGGAAAAGCGGUUCUUCAUUUACAUAAUGAUCCGACCUCAAGGAGUUGACGAAUAAAAAAACGAAAGGCUCUUCCAAAUCAAAAGUUCAUGGCUUGAUGAUAUCCGGUUUAGUGGCGUGUCUAGGAUUCCAUAAGGCGGACGGGGU